UUUAAAUGUAGCUAGCUUAUUUCUACAAGUAUAUGUGGCCCACAACAUAUUCGUUAUUUGUUUAUGGACAAUUUAUUUAUCCUUUAAUUUAAUAAAACAUGACAUUACUAGUUGUGCAGACUGGCGAGCAUCAAGCAAAAGUAGUCGAACGACAAUCACCGGAUUACAGGCGUCUCAGUUAAUCGCUGAUUCAACAUUCGCACUCACAAGAAGGAAGGCUACGAACAGGAUAUCAGAGCUUUUAUAUAGACUUUAAAAUACAUGUAAAAAAAAUCAGUUUUAGAAACUGAUCCGUUACAUCAACUAAUUAAGCAAUUUUCUAGAAAACCAUAUGUAUAUGUUGCAAACCUGUGAUAGCAGGCAGCUGUCCUGACUCCUUAUCGAGUGUGGAAUGAUGGAGUGUGUAAGCUAACGUUAGCUAUUUCUGCAGUUCUUCCUAGCUAGCGAACGAAAAAAAAGCAUUACAUCAUAAGCAAGUUGCAACAGUCUAACUAACAGUGGAUGGUACCAGAUAAGCCAACUGAACCAAACAAGGCUGGCUGUGGUGUUGUCGUGAGGAGACUGCUUUCUGCUGCACCAGCUGCAUGAGCCAUGCAGAGCUCUGAGCAUCUCUAACAGGCAGCACUCUGUGGAACCAUGGACUGUUCUGAGUCCCAGUCCCAGUCCCAGGGCGACGGCGAGAAAGCUCUGCUCCAUGCAGAGAUCAGAGAGCACCCCACCACAUCAGCUGCCUUAAUUCCCAAUGAUGACCCCGUCCUAUUGACCCCAGGGAGGAUGAGCCAGCGAAGCCAGGGGAAGGAGCGAGAGAAGAGGGAGGAAAAGGAGCGAGAGAAGGAGAAGGAGCGACAGAAGAGGGAGGAGAAGGAGCGAGAGAAGAGGGAGGAGAAGGAGCGAGAGAAGAGGGAGGAGAAGGAGCGAGAGAAGAGGGAGGAGAAGGAGCGAGAGAAGAGGGAGGAGAAGGAGCGAGAGAAGAGGGAGGAGAAGGAGCGAGAGAAGAGGGAGGAGAAGGAGCGAGAGGAGAAGAAGGAGAAGGAUGGGAGCCUCCACACCCCCAGCAGAGAUCACCUCGCCAGCCCCUCUUCCCUCAGCCCAGGGCUCAGCUACACCCAUGGUAAGACCACCUUCUUCUUCCAGGCACACGUUGCCCUCUAAGCACAGACCCAGGGUCAGGUGUCUCUCAACCUCUGUACUAACCUCAAUAUUCCUGAACCACAGUGUCCUCUGGAGGUUGAUGGGCUCUGCUAGGCACCAUGCAACCUUCAGGGUUGAAGCAUAUACCACGGGAAGCCCAGAGGUUACCAAUGCUCUAAGCAAAAGGAUCUGAUGUUUUUAUUUGAGACUUGUAUAUGACAAGGCAUGGUUGUGUUUUAAGGUGGCUUGGGAAGGUUUUUACCCUCCAAAUGUCAAAAAUGGUUCAUCCUACACUACUUUCCUUCUGGGAUGUUCCAUUAUCUACCACCAGGGGGAGCAGAAGCUAAAAGGAAAAACAACAUGUUUUCUCUACUCAUUCUAGAGCACCUUUCAAAUCAAAUGUGUCUGCAUUCUAUCAGAACAAGCAACACUUCUCUCAAAAGAGACCUGAGUGGUGCGGUCGGGGGGACUUCUACAACUGGCUAACCAGUCGUUGCACAAAAGGAAAUCAUUCUGGGAUAGAACCAUAAUAAUAAAAAACCCUGCUUUGAGUAUAUGAAGGUAGAUGGUUGCAGUGAUAUUGAUAGUACCUAGACCUCUAUACAGCUCUGGGAUGUAGGCUGGUAAAUGACAGAAAUUACUUUUAUUAGCCAAUGCAUCCAGUGUUAUUUUCCUAGUGUCAGUUUCUCAGUUGUGGUUGUUGCUGGUUUGCUCUUCUGAGUAUAAGAAUGUAGGCCGAGCGCUUCACAGGUAAUGCCAUCCCAAAGGGCAGAGCAUCCAAUAAGGAUGAAAGGCUGGGAGGCAACUAUGCCGGGGAUCUGUAUCCUUCAUUCAGUUUGAACAGACAGGCGGUGAACACGUGUGACGGCCGUCGUGACAUUUACCAGUCUGUUGUUGGUCCAACGUCACCAUACCCUCCGUUUAUCAUGACACCACAUUGGAUGCAUCCCAAAUGGCACACUAUUGUCUAUUUAGUGCCAUAGUAGUGCACUAAAUUUUUUAUUUUUUAUUUUUUUAUUUCACCUUUAUUUAACCAGGUAGGCUAGUUGAGAACAAGUUCUCAUUUGCAACUGCGACCUGGCCAAGAUAAAGCAUAGCAGUGUGAACAGACAACAACACAGAGUUACACAUGGAGUAAACAAUAAACAAGUCAAUAACAUGGUAGGAAAAAAAAGAGAAUCUAUAUACAAUGUGUGCAAAAGGCAUGAGGUAGGCAAUAAAUCGAGUAAUUACAAUUUAGCAGAUUAACACUGGAGUGAUAAAUCAUCAGAUGAUCAUGUGCAGGAAGAGAUACUGGUGUGCAAAAGAGCAGAAAAGUAAAUAAAUAAAAGCAGUAUGGGGGGUGAGGUAGGUAAGUUGGGUGGGUAGUUUACAGAUGGACUAUGUACAGCUGCAGCGAUCGGUUAGCUGCUCGGAUAGCAGAUUUUUAAAGUUGUUGAGGGAGAUAAAAGUCUCCAACUUCAGAGAUUUUUGCAAUUCGUUCCAGUCGCAGGCAGCAGAGAACUGGAAGGAAAGGCGUCCAAAUGAGGUUUUGGCUUUAGGGAUGAUCAGUGAGAUACACCUGCUGGAGCGCGUGCUACGGGUGGGUGUAGCCAUCGUGACCAGUGAACUGAGAUAAGGCGGCACUUUACCUAGCAGCCAUUAACUCUCUCAUAUUGCGUUCUCCGGAUAUCGUUUAUUCAGAGGCAUCAGACUAUCAGUAGAGCUAGUCAUGGUGGUCUUCUUAAGGUCUCACAAUUUGGAAUAUUUCCUGCUGUUCAAUGGCCAUUUCAACUGUUGAUUCUUGAAGAAUAUAACUUAGAAAUGCCUUUUGACCUUCGUACAGCCGUCUCAUCAUAUCAGAACCAUGCAUUAAAGGUACCAUUGCUCCAUUGUUUAUGUGUUUCAUUUUGUUGUCUUUGGAAACAAGCGAUGUAGUGUACAGCUUCAAAGUAAGUUUCAACUAUUAUGUUGUGCUCAUGGACUGUCUGUCCCUGGUGGGGCUGCCGUCAGGCUGAAACAUAAACUCCUGAUUGGGGCUUUAAAGGCCAAAAAGUACCUCCCCUCUUUAGAUUCUGCCAAGUGUUCCUACUUGCUUGAAAGAGGGGAUGUGAAUUCCUAUCCUAGUUCCACAACAAACGUUCUCUGUGAGAAGAAUAUGGUUCAGAUAGGAUCAACUCUGAAACCAUCGCAACUUUUAAGCCCUGGUCCAGGUUUCCAUGGUAACCCCCACUGCCUCAAGUAGCCUCUUUAUAUUGUGAGAGAAAUGAUGCUGUAUUGGUCUCAAACAGUGUUGUAUUGUGAGGGAAAUGAUGCUGUAUUGGUCUCAAACAGUGUUGUAUUGUGAGGAAAUGAUGCUGUAUUGGUCUCAAACAGUGUUGUAUUGUGAGGGAAAUGAUGCUGUAUUGGUCUCAAACAGUGUUGUAUUGUGGGGGAAAUGAUGCUGUAUUGGUCUCAAACAGUGUUGUAUUGAUCAGGAUUGGAAAUGAUGCUGUAUUGGUCUCAAACAGUGUUGUAUUGUGAGGGAAAUGAUGCUGUAUUGGUCUCAAACAGUGUUGUAUUGUGAGGGAAAUGAUGCUGUAUUAGUCUCAAACAGUGUUGUGUGGAUCAGGACUGGAAAUGAUGCUGUAUUGGUCUCAAACAGUGUUGUAUUGUGAGGGAAAUGAUGCUGUAUUGGUCUAAAACAGUAUUGUAUUGUGGGGGAAAUGAAGCUGUAUUGGUCUCAAACAGUGUUGUAUUGUGAGGGAAAUGAUGCUGUAUUGGUCUCAAACAGUGUUGUAUUGUGAGGGAAAUUAUGCUGUAUUGGUCUCAAACAGUGUUGUAUUGUGGGGGAAAUGAUGCUGUAUUGGUCUCAAACAGUGUUGUAUUGUGAGGGAAAUGAUGCUGUAUUGGUCUCAAACAGUGUUGUGUGGAUCAGGAUUGGAAAUGAUGCUGUAUUGGUCUCAAACAGUGUUGUAUUGUGAGGGAAAUGAUGCUGUAUUGGUCUCAAACAGUGUUGUAUUGUGAGGGAAAUGAUGCUGUAUUGGUCUCAAACAGUGUUGUAUUGAUCAGGACUGGAAAUGAUGCUGUAUUAGUCUCAAA